GUCUUCGCUUGCCCCCCUUCUCCCCCUCACCUCCCUUUUUCUUGUUCCUGUGUCUGCAUUGGCUGGCGAUGGGGUCCACUUCUCCUUCAGGCCUGGAGCUCACCAUGGCUGUCCCCGGCCUCAGCUCCUCCUCUGGCUCAGAGGGGUUUGGAUGCAACAACAACGGGAACGGGAACGGGAACAACAUGAGGGACCUGGACAUGAACCAGCCGGCGAGCGGCGGCGAGGAGGAGGAGUUCCCAAUGGGAAGCGUGGAGGAGGAGGAAGACGAGCGCGGCGGCGCCGGCGGGCGCGGGCCGCACCGCUCCAAGAAGCUCCGCCUCUCCAAGGAGCAGUCCCGCCUGCUGGAGGAGAGCUUCCGCUUCAACCACACCCCCACACCGAAGCAAAAAGAGGCCUUGGCUGGCAAGCUCCAGCUGCGGCCCAGGCAGGUGGAGGUCUGGUUCCAGAACCGCAGGGCUAGGACGAAGCUGAAGCAGACGGAGCUGGAGUGCGAGUACCUGAAGCGGUGCUUCGGCUCGCUGACCGAGGAGAACCGGCGGCUGCAGCGGGAGGUGGAGGAGCUGCGCGCGAUGCGGGUGGCCCCGCCCACCGUGCUCUCCCCGCACUCCCGGCAGCCGCUCCCGGCAUCCGCGCUCACCAUGUGCCCGCGCUGCGAGCGCAUCACCGCCGCGACCGCCGCGCGUACGCCUCGCCCGGCCGCAGCCGCAGCCGCGGGCAGCAACCCCUUCCACCCGCGCCGCCCGUCCGCGGCGUUUUAGCCUCCAUCGAUCAACUGCAUGCUACUCUAGUAAGGAAGGAUGAAAGUUUGUUUAGGGGCGGCAAGGCAAAAGUGUUUGUGUUGUGUAAAUUUGAUGAUGGAUGGAUGGAUGGAUGGAGAAAAUUAACCUGCGUGGGCUCGAGUAGCUAGGUGUAGUAGGGUUUGGACUUUGGUGCUAGCUCCAUUCCAUGCCAUGGCUCAAAAGUUUGUAGCUUCCUGUCGUCGGCACUCCCUCGUGUAUUGCCUUCGGGCCCUUCGAUCUAGAUAUCUGAUGACGAUGGGCCGUUUCUGUUUCUAUAUGGCUGUCGAAUGUCGAUGCAGCCUACUGCUGUUGUUUC